GCCGUUAACUCACGUACCGAAUGGCGCUUUCGUUUCUAUCCCAAAACUCCGGUCUGUUGGAUUUACAAAGCAUAUUCGACCCACAAUAUACUCAUCAUCAACAACAACAACAACAUUUGAGCCACCACCCUCAAUAUCACAUUCAACAACACCAAAAUCAACAAUUACAACAACAAGCGGAGCAGAAUCAACAAGAACGCACCCUUUCAACAAAGUUCGAUUUGAACCUGUUCAACGAACUCGACCAAAUGGAAUUCAACAAUUUAAAUCGCAGUCAAUAUCAGAAUAAUAAUAAUAAUACUGUUAUCAGCAAUAAUCAAAACUCCAACAACAACACCAACACCACUAACGGUAUCAGUGAAAAUCUAAAUCAGAUCCAAAACCGCCACUUCAUCAGCGGCUACCACCAUCAGCAUAUUGGAUCGGACUAUGAGCAAGUGAUCAACUUUGUUGACUCGCCGCCAAACUCAGAGGAAUCGUGGACAGAGAGCAGCUCGCUAAUCGAACAAAUUACGAUUGUCGUAGACGGACAGUCGAAGGACUCGCCGGGACCGCAGAUCAUCGACGUGCAGACCAUUUACCUGAACAGCGGCUCACGCAAAAGACGAAUGGAUUGGGACUCUUUGGACAUUGGCCAAAGUGAGAACUCACCCACAGCAUCGCAGAGCGGCGACCUGCCCUCCAAAGUGGCCCAUCAGGAGAAGGAAAAGCACAAGCGCGAGAAGCACUCGGGUCGCAGCAGCUGGAGCGAUGAUAUCGGCUUCGAUCUGAACGCCGAGUUUAACAGCAACUCGUAUCUGAACAAUGAGAACUUCCUGUCGUUCUCCCCCACACUGACCACCCUGAAGCAGGAGCCCCAAACGGAGCAGAUCAAGCCGAGCCCCAAGGUAUCCCUGGACAAUGCCGCCGCAUCGCCCUCCAUUGCCAUUGCCAAGUUGGAUGAUGUUCAGAACUCGCCGCCGCAGGCUAUUUCUGGCCAAGAUUCGACUAACGGAUCAGGAUCGACCGCAAACGGCAAGCAUGAUGUAAACUACGGACUCGCCUGCGGGUGUGGCUCUCCUCAGGGUUCACCACUAGCCAACGCCGAGUAUGAGUUGAACGAAAAGGGAAAGCCCCAGCAACUUAGCGUUUUGGAUCCUGCUAAAAUCGAGAUCGGUUCGGCCAACGGAGCUACCCAUGCCGAGGAUCACAAAUUUCAGUACAUUUUGGCAGCGGCCACUUCGAUCGCCACCAAGAACAAUGAGGAGACUUUGACGUACCUCAACCAAGGCCAGAGCUACGAAAUAAAGCUGAAGAAGAUCGGAGACCUGUCCCUCUAUAGGGAUAAGAUACUGAAGAGCGUGAUCAAGAUCUGCUUCCACGAGCGCCGCCUGCAGUUCAUGGAGCGCGAGCAGAUGCAGCAAUGGCAGCAAUCCCGCCCAGGCGAACGCAUCAUUGAGGUGGACGUACCGCUUUCGUACGGCCUCUGCCACGUGUCGCAGCCGCUGAACUCCUCCUCACUGAACACUGUCGAGAUCUUCUGGGACCCACUGAAGGAGGUCGGCGUCUACAUCAAGGUCAACUGCAUUUCAACCGAAUUUACCCCAAAGAAGCACGGCGGCGAGAAGGGUGUGCCCUUUCGACUGCAAAUUGAAACCUAUAUAGAAAACACAAACAGUGCCACCGCCAGCGGCUCGGGCGGCAGCAACAACAGCGCCAUCGCCAGUGGCAGCGGAAGCAGUGGCUCCGCUGCCCCAGCAUCUCCGGAACGGACUCCUAGUGCCGGCAGCAAUGGUAAACAGGCGGUCCACGCAGCUGCCUGCCAGAUCAAGGUUUUUAAGCUAAAGGGAGCUGAUCGCAAACAUAAACAGGAUCGGGAGAAGAUCCAGAAGCGGCCCCAAUCGGAGCAGGAGAAGUUCCAGCCCAGCUACGAGUGUACCAUCAUGAACGAUAUAUCCCUGGACCUGGUGAUGUCCGCCACCACCACUGGCUGCUACAGUCCCGAAUAUAUGAAACUUUGGCCAAACUCGCCCGUGCACAUACCCAAGUACGAUGGAAUGCUUCCGUUUGCGCCAAGUGCAGCAUCGCCGGCUACCAGCAGCAGCCCCAUAGCCAUCAACUCGGUGACAUCGACCAACUCGCCCACCCUCAAGCUGAUGGACGCCACAAACAUGGUCUCACCGCAGCAUGUGCCCGCUGAAAUGGACGAUUAUAGCCAGAACAUAAUGCCGGAAUCGACGCCCUCGCAAGUGACGCAGUGGCUGACCAAUCAUCGCCUGACGGCCUAUCUCUCAACGUUUGCACAGUUCUCGGGAGCGGAUAUCAUGCGCAUGUCCAAGGAGGAUUUGAUUCAAAUUUGCGGCCUGGCCGAUGGCAUUCGCAUGUUCAACAUUUUGCGCGCCAAGACAAUUGCUCCCAGGCUAACGUUGUACGCCAGCGUGGAUGGAUGCAGCUACAAUGCCAUCUACUUGUUGUCGAACACGGCCAAGGAGCUGCAGCAGAAGCUGUUCAAGAUGCCUGGCUUCUACGAGUUUAUGGCCAAGGCCAGUACCCAGGAGAACGGAGCCGGUGGAGCAGCCACUGCAGCUGCUGCAGCACUCUUCAACAAUUGGGGGAUGCACUCCAAGUAUUCGGGCAGCGGCUCCAAUAUCUUCAACGACGCCAACAAGAGCUGCGUGUACAUAUCGGGGCCAUCGGGCAUCCUUGUGACCAUCACCGACGAGGUGCUGAACAACGAGAUCAAGGACGGCAGCCUCUACGCGCUGGAGGUGCAGGCCGGCAAGGUGAUCCUUAAGCUGAUCAACAAGCAGGACAACAACUAAGCGAUGUUCUGGCAACGCGGAUGCACUGUAGUAGAGACCACCCGAGCAAUCAAGUAUAGUUUAUAGCAUUUACACGCAGUAAGAUGGCACAUCGAAACCGUUUUCUAUAUAGGUUUUAAUUUGUAUGAGAUUUCGCGCAGCAAUUUUGAACAAGUGAAAAGCAAGCAGCCUGCACCUGCCUAACCCUGUUCCCUAAAAUCUUUGUUAAAGAACUAGUGCAAAAUAUUUAAGUUUCGUUUUCAGUUCUCACUUUAAGUUUUGUUUAUUUUAUAUGUAUUUUAUACCACCUACGAUAUACGACUACAUAUGCACAUUUAAUUCUCCGAUGCGAUUGCAUUUCGAUUCGUUCUUUUCCUACUUUUAAUUUCUUUUAUCGUUAUGGCGUAUGCUUAUCACUUAAAGAACUAUUAUAUAUUUGUUUGUAGAACCACAUCAAUAUCAAUUGUUUGAAGUAGAAAGAAAAAACCCAAAAAAAAAAAAAACAAAUUUAAAAUACUGAUUAUUAUCUUGAAGUACAGUACCAC